AUGCCCCCAGCUGUCGAGGAGGACGGCCGUCACGCCGCUCCCUCAAUAGCCUCCUUCUCCACUUACGACCGCGAAAAAUCAAUACGUUCACGCCGUUAUGACACCGAAUCCAUACGCUCCGACCGCACCGGCGCCUCCGGUUAUUUUGACCCAAACUAUGACACGGAUAUCUCCUGGGUCGAGGACGACUCGCCAUAUCCCGAGGUCCGCUCCGCGGUCGCAAACUACGACGACCCCGACAUGCCCGUGAACACCGUUCGGGCCUGGGUGCUCGGCCUUCUCUGGGCGAUAAUCAUCCCCGGAAUCAACGAGUUCUACUAUUUCCGCUACCCUUCCCUCGCCGUCUCCAGCAUUGUCGCCCAGCUGCUCUCUUUCCCGCUCGGCCGCGCCUGGGCACGCUGGAUGCCCCAGUGGACGGUCUUUGGCGUCGCGUUCAAUCCGGGCCUUUUCACGAUUAAGGAACACGUAUUAAUAACGAUCAUGGCCGGGGUCGGCGCUCAGGCUGCCUAUGCGACAGAGAUCGUCGCCGUUCAGCGUGUGUGGUAUCAUCAGGACUUCAACUUUGCUUAUCAAUGGAUGCUUGUUAUGUCUACUCAGCUCAUCGGCUUCUCCGUCGGCGGUCUUGGUCGCAGAUUGCUUGUUGCGCCAGCGUCUAUGAUCUGGCCUAACACCUUGGUGACCUGCGCCCUCUUCAACACCCUUCACUCACAGAGCUACUCCGGCAUCAGUCUCGACCCCAAGACCGGCAUCUCGCGCGAGCGCUUCUUCGUGUUCGCCUUUAUCGCCGCCGCCGUGUGGUACAUCGUUCCAGGCUACCUCUUCCAGGCUCUGAGGUACCACAGCGGGAUGGGCUUCUCGCUUCUCACCUUCGACUGGAACCAGAUCGCGUUCAUUGGGAGCCCGCUCGUCACGCCAUGGUGGGCGGAGGCUAAUGUCAUGGCCGGAUUCUUCGCGUUCUAUUGGUUCUUGGCACCCCUUAUCUAUUUUACGAACGUUUGGUAUACCCAAUACCUGCCUAUAUCCGCUCUGGGACCGUAUGACAACACUGGCCGGCCGUACAAUCUAUCGCGGAUAUUGAAUGACGACUCGACAUUCAACAUGGAGGCCUACAAGGAGUACAGCCCCCUCUUCCUCUCCGCGACCUUCGCAAUCUCGUACGGCCUCGCCUUCGCCUCGAUUACCGCGACGAUCGUCCACGCUAUCCUCUACUUCCGCAAGCCCAUCAGCAUCCACAUCUACCGCUCCCUCGCGGAGCAGCCGGACAUCCAUGCGCGACUGAUGACUGUGUAUCCCCAAGUCCCCGAGUGGUGGUAUGCUGGGAUACUAGCCGCUACAUUUCCCCUUGCGUGCCUCUGCAUCAAGCUCUACCCGACGCAGAUGACGAUCUGGGCUCUCAUCGUCGCGCUUCUCAUUGCCAUGGUCUACCUCGUUCCCAUAGGCAUGAUCCAGGCCAUUACUAACCGCCAGGUUGGACUGAAUGUCAUCACCGAGCUGAUCAUUGGCUACAUGCUGCCUGGGCGGCCAAUCGCCAUGAUGAUGUUCAAAACUUGGGGAUACAUCACAAUGUCGCAAGCAAUGAUCUUCACAUCGGAUUUUAAGCUCGGGCACUACAUGAAGAUUCCUCCACGACCUAUGUUCUGGUGCCAGAUUAUCGCAACCGUGGUCGCGGGAACGACGCAACUUGGAGUCGAGAACUGGUACGUGAACUUACUCGCUCUUCGGCGUGUGCCCGUGCAGAAAGACAUCGCCGGCUUCACCUGCCCGAACACCGAGGUUUUUGCGACAGCCUCCGUGGUCUUCGGUGUCAUUGGCCCCACGCUGCAGUUCUCGAAGUCGCAGCUCUACUACCCGCUGCUCUUUUUUUUCAUCGUGGGCGCCAUCUGUCCGCUCGUCGUCUGGCUCCUAAGCAAGCGCUAUCCGGACUCGUGGCUAAACUACAUCAAGGUGAUGUUCACGGGCAUCGGGCUCAUCCCUCCCGCGUCCGCGGUGAACUACGUUCCAUGGGUGCUCCUCGGCUUCCUUUCGCAGUAUGUCGUCCGUCGGCGCCACUUCCCCUUGUGGGCGAAGUACAACUACGUACUCUCCGCCGCGCUCGACGCCGGGACCGCGAUUUCGACCAUCCUGGUCUACUUCAUCCUGCAGUACCCGCAGAACGGGCAGAUCGGCGCGGGCACGGUCCAGAGCUGGUGGGGCAACACCGUGUACAAGCGCACCGCGGACUGGCGCGGCACACCGCUGCGCGUGCCGCCGCCGGGCGAGACGUUUGGGUGCGUGCGUCGGUUCCUUUCCCUCCCCUACCUUCCUAUCUCCCUCCAUGUACUCAAUCCGUAUCGGUUCCGACAGGCCGAGUCAGUGGUAGCACUCGCACACUGCAUAUUUGAUAGGGUCGGACUGGAUUGGAUCGAGUUUGGGUCUGGAUUUGGCUCGCUGUUGUAUCAUUAA